GGGUCUUUGUCACCGCGCUGCUUGAGAAAUAUCGGGAAGGCAAUCACCAAGUUGCUUGACCGAGAGAAGAGGUGUAGGUUGUUACAAAACAGGCGACGACUUGUUAGCAGUUUGUUAAUAACUCAGAUUUGCUCAAAGUUAUUACUGGGCCUGGUAGCCUGUUCUCGGUUAACGCGAAACCUACAUCACGCAGCUGUCGCCAAGUCUCGAUCCUGUUUGGUUAUUUUAAGAUGAACUUCAUCAGAAACAGUCAACUUGACGGUCUGGCCAGCAAAGAAAACGCUCUGCCCUCAAACAAAGAAAAUGUUCUGCUCUUAAACAAAAUGGACGUGUCCCGAAUGCAGAGGGCCAAACAAAGAACCGUGCUCGGUGUCUUAACAGAAAAUGAGCAGCACAGUCGAUCCCUCAGCCAGGGAAGUCAACUCUCCAAAGAGAGUUCCAUCACUGACAGCUCCCAGCCCUUCUUCUUCGGCUGUCCCUCCAGCUCAAGCUUCGACGUGUUUGUUGACGAUGCGUGUGAAGUUGUUCUUGCAGCGUCUGGUGACAGGAUGGCAUCAGAUACUGACUUCCUGGAUGAAGACGAUGCUGCCCUACAACAUAAAGAUUUUAGACUCUUCCUAGAGAUGAGCUCAUGCUCGUGCCCUGAUACUUCUAUGCACUCUGAACCAGAUGACACCCUGCCAUUAGAGGAUGGUGUGCUGCCUUUGUCAGAAUAUGCAGAGGACAUUCAUCAACACUUAAGGGAGCGUGAAGUGAAGAUCAGGCCAAAUGCAGGUUACAUGGAGAAACAUCCAGAGAUCACCAACUGCAUGCGGGUCGUCCUGGUGGACUGGCUGGUGGAGGUCACCCAGGAGUUCAAGUUUCAUUACGAAACCCUGUACCUUGCCAUCAACUACAUGGACCGCUUUCUGUCCUGCACAGCCUCUGUGAAACGGAGCAAACUACAGCUGGUUGGCACAGCUGCCAUACUGCUGGCUGCAAAAUAUGAGGAGAUCUUCCCUCCUGAUCUGGAUGAGUUUGUGUACAUCACAGACAACACAUACACCAAGAAGCAGCUGGUCCACAUGGAGCAUAUUUUCCUCAGGGUGCUGGCCUUUAACAUGGCAGCACCCACCACUUACCAGUUCCUUAGCCACUACAUGAGCAUCCAGUCGGUCUGCUCCAAGACGGAGAACCUUGCUCUGUAUGUGGCAGAGUUAAGCCUGCUGGAAAUCAAACCAUUCCUACAGUAUACUCCAUCUACGGUGGCAGCGGCUGCCUACUGCCUAGCCAACUACACAAUCAACAAAGCUCUUUGGCCAGAUUCCUUGCAUUCCUUUACCAGUUACACCAUGGCUGACAUUGUGCCCUGUCUCAAUGACCUCCACAAGCUGUACUUCACUGCAGAAUGUCGCCCCCAGCAGGCAAUCAGGGAGAAGUACAUGAGUUCCAAGUACCAUAGUGUUUCAAAGAUCACCCCACCUGCUGUUCUGCCUUGCUCAUGAAUCACUGCUCCACCCUUUUCACGGAUGCUGCUGCGAUAAACUAAUGAGAUGGGACCACAACAAAGAGCUUGCAUGAACUUGUGCUGUCAUACUGGAAGUGUACUGAAACCCUAUGGACAGACCUUUUUCUUUUUUCUUUUUCUUUUUUUUAAAGAAGUAUUUUAUUAAAGUUUUAAGUAGGUGUAAAAAGUACAAUAAAAAUAUAAAAACGUGGUCAUUGACUUCAGAAUUCACUACCUGCAGGUGUCAGAGUCUUAAGAUUUUAAAGCUGGUAAGUCAUCAGUUUUAAUAUGUAUUUAAAUCCAAGGGAUUUGUUUUUUGUGCUUUUUUAAUUUUUUUUUUUUUUAAGAGCCUGUCACUGAGUCAUUGACAGGAGACAGUGCCUUUUGCAUCUUGUAAUAAAAUAUUUGAAAGCCUC